CAAGCCCAAGAUGGCGGCGGGCGCGGAGGGCGGCGCGGGUGCGGGGGCCCUGGGCGACUGCGCCGAAAUCAAGUCGCAGUUCCGGACGCGCGAGGGCUUCUACAAGUUGCUGCCCGGCGCCGAAGGCGCGGCCCGGCGGGCGGGGCCGGCCCCGGCCCCCGGCCCGGCCUCCGCCGCCGCCUGCGCGGCCCCGACCGCGGCUCCCGGGCCGGCCCCCGGCUCAGCCACGGCUGCCUGGGCUCCGCCUGCUGCUGCUGCCGCCGCCGCCGGCGGCCCCUCCCCGCCCGGGCCGGGGCCCGCGCUGCCCGCCGUGCGCCUGAGCCUGGUGCGCCUGGGCGAGCCCGACGCGGCCGCCGCCUCCGGGGAGCCCACCGGGCCGCCCCCGGCCGCCGGGGAUCGCGUCUGCUUCAACCUGGGCCGGGAGCUGUACUUCUACCCCGGGGGCUCCGGGCGCCGGGGCAGCCACCGGACCAUCGAUCUCAACAAGCCCAUCGACAAGCGCAUCUACAAGGGCACCCAGCCCACUUGCCACGACUUCAACCAGUACACGGCAGCCACCGAGACCAUCUCCCUGCUGGUGGGCUUCUCGGCCGGCCAGGUCCAGUACCUGGACCUGAUCAAGAAGGAGACCAGCAAGCUCUUCAAUGAGGAGAGGCUGAUUGACAAGACCAAGGUGACCCACCUGAAGUGGCUGCCCGAGUCCGAGAGCCUCUUCCUGGCCUCCCACGCCAGUGGCCACCUCUACCUCUACGACGUGGCCCGCCCCUGCGGCCCCGCCCCGCCCCAAUACAGCCUGCUCAAGCAGGGGGAGGGCUUCGCCGUCUACACUGCCAAGGGGAAGGCGCCCCGGAACCCGCUGGCCAAGUGGGCCGUGGGCGAGGGCCCCCUGAACGAGUUUGCCUUCUCCCCAGAUGGGCGUCACCUGGCCUGUGUGAGCCAGGACGGCUGCCUGCGCGUCUUCCACUUCGAUUCGAUGCUCCUUCGUGGCCUCAUGAAGAGCUACUUUGGGGGCCUGCUCUGCGUGUGCUGGAGCCCCGACGGACGUUAUGUGGUGACCGGGGGCGAGGACGACCUGGUCACCGUGUGGUCCUUCACCGAGGCCCGAGUGGUCGCCCGAGGCCAUGGCCACAAAUCCUGGGUCAACGCCGUGGCUUUCGAUCCCUACACCACCAGGAGUGAGGAAGAGCCGGCGGAGGAGGGGCCGGCGAGCGGGAGCGAGCGGGAGUCGGGGUCCUUGCCCCGGCUGCCUCCCCCCGCCGUCACCUAUCGCUUUGGCUCGGCCGGCCAGGAUACGCAGUUCUGCCUGUGGGACCUGACUGAGGAUGUGCUCUACCCACGGCCCCCGCUGGCCCGACCCCGCGCCCUGGCCGGCAGCGCGGAAGCUGCACCCGUCACCCCGGGGCCCCUGCCUCGAUCCCUGUCCCGCUCCAACAGCCUCCCACACCCAGCAGUGAGCGGGAAGGGGGCCGGGGCAGGCACGGGCGGGGCAACGGAGCCCGGGACCCCUUUCAGCAUCGGCAAGUUUGCCACGCUGACCCUCCAGGAGCGCCGCGAGAAGGGCGCCGACAAAGAGCACAAACGUUACCACAGCCUGGGGAACAUCAGCCGGGGCACCAGCGGCAGCGGCAGCGGCGGAGACAAGCUGGGCGGCCCGGCCCCCAGGGGCCGCCUGGACCCCGCCAAGGUGCUGGGCACGGCCCUGUGCCCUCGGAUCCACGAGGUGCCCCUGCUGGAGCCCCUGGUGUGCAAGAAGAUUGCUCAGGAGCGCCUCACCGUCCUGCUCUUCUUGGAGGACUGCAUCAUCACCGCCUGCCAGGAGGGUCUCAUCUGCACCUGGGCCCGGCCUGGCAAAGCUGGCCUCUCCUCCCAGCCUGCCAACUCCCCCAGUGGCACCGUGGUGUGAAGCUUGUGGAUCCAGCGGCUCCCGCCUCAGCCUCCUGGGCCCCGUCCUGUCUGGUCCAUCCCAAUCCCCCUUCGUGUAUUAAUGAGACUAACGGGAAGGCGUCCUUGUCCAGUCCUCCCCCUCCCGCAGGCCUUGCACAAAACCAGGGCCGCCCUGGCCUGGCCUGCGGAACGUGGGGCCCGGCCUCCUUCCCCGCUUCCCUCACGGCACCCCGCGCCACGGUCAGUGUUACCCCCGGCUCCCCCGCAUGUGACGGCCGCCGGCCACGUGUCCCCUCGCCUCCCCUCCAUCUUGGCUCUUUGCACUGAUCCCCCUCUGGCAGCGAAGGGCCCCCCCACCCCUGGUGCCCUGAGGCCCCUGAAAAGUGUUAUAAAUUAUGGAAACCCCAAUGUCUGCCUCCCCCCACACCCUUCAGACUUAUUUAUAGUAAAAGCUCCUCGUUUUUCCAGUC